CUUCCUAAUUGGUCAGAUUGUUUGCCGAUGUAAACGAGGAGGGAGUAUCCUAAUCGAGACUGCUGUUCGCGGUUGAGGAUUGUUUUCGCUGUAGUCCGUUGUUAACUGCAGGCGCGUGAGGACCAGUGUUAUAACAAGGGGCGCCUGUUCGCAGUCUUGUGCUUUCUGAGGAUUACAAACCUCCGAGGGACAAAACUAGAAUCUUCACGAGGCUACACUGUCGCGUUUGUGAGCUUAAUGAAUGACGGGAUUGUUCUCCAGCGAGAAUCACCACACAACUGCAAACAAGAAAAAGCAAAGAGAGAAGAUUGGUACUAGGAUGUGAAAUCUCAGGCUGGGGAUCCAGUUCAUCCAUUUACCUUCUCUCACCUGGAUCAUUUGGCUGGAACCCUGCAUUUGGAUUGGUCAGAAGCCCAGGACGUUGCUGAGGGCUGCCAUCUGAAACAGUUCUGAGGGGGUCCAACCCCCCCCACCACCACCACCAACACCAUCAGCAUAACAUCCCCACCCACUGCACCAGUGAAUAAUACACAAAGUGAACCCGAAGGUACCAGAAAGUGAUCAGUCAAUUGGACUUCCACCUCAGCACACGCAAACAGUGAGGCACCUGCAGCUGCCCGGCAUGGUAACCUGCUGAGGUCCAGUCCCCCAUUUCUGGAGAUGAGGCUUACCCCGGGGCUGCGGCCCCUUCUGAUGGUGGCACUCACCUUGGCUUCCUGUGUGCUCCAAGUGUCCAUCGCAGCUGCACCCUUCCCCAAGGAUCUGGAACCAAUCAGCAUUGUUGGCAGGCAGUACUCCUACCUGUACCCCAGCUUCCAGGGCCUCCUGUCCGACAAUGACACCGAACGGCUGGGCCUGGACUUCCAGAGAAUGCUGCGCAUCAACCACAUGCUGUACAUCGCAGCCAGGGAUCACGUGUUUGCUGUCAAUCUUAGCGCCUCUGCUGAGAAGAUCAUCCCGCAGCAGAAGCUGACGUGGAAAACGAAAGAUGUGGAGAAGUGCACCGUGAGAGGCAAAAACAGCGAUGAGUGCUACAACUACAUAAAAGUGCUGGUGCCUCGUAACGACGAGACUUUGUUUGCCUGCGGCACCAACGCCUUCAACCCCACCUGCCGCAACUACAAGAUGUCCACUCUUGAGCAGCACGGGGAAGAAGUUGUAGGCCAGGCCCGCUGCCCCUUCGAAUCGCGGCAGUCCAACGUGGGUCUGUUUGCAGGUGGUGCCUUCUACUCAGCCACCAUGACUGAUUUCCUAGCGAGUGACGCAGUGAUCUAUCGCAGUCUUGGAGAGAGCAGUCCAGUCCUGCGCACCGUAAAAUACGACUCCAAGUCGCUCAGAGAGCCUCAUUUUCUCCAUGCCAUUGAAUAUGGGAACUAUGUGUAUUUCUUCUUCAGUGAGAUCGCAGUGGAGUACACCACCCUCGGCAAGGUGGUGUUCUCCCGGGUGGCCCGUGUCUGUAAGAACGACAAUGGCGGGUCCCCUCGGGUACUCGAGCGCUAUUGGACCUCGUUCCUGAAGGCCCGCCUCAACUGCUCCGUGCCAGGCGAUUCCUUCUUUUACUUUGACGUGCUGCAAUCCCUGACCAAUGUGAUGCAGAUCAACCAGAGGCCCACCGUGCUCGGCGUCUUCACCACACAGGCCAACAGUAUAACAGGCUCUGCAGUGUGUGCCUUCUACAUGGACGACAUCGAGAAGGUCUUCAGUGGAAAGUUCAAAGAACAGAAGAGCAGUGAGCUGGCCUGGACACCGGUGCCCGAGGAGCAGGUGCCUAGACCCAGACCGGGGUCCUGUGCUGGUGACGGCCCAGCUGCCUCUUUCAAGUCCUCCACCACCUUUCCUGAUGAAAUGCUGACCUUCAUCAAGUCCUACCCGCUGAUGGACGAAGCCGUGCCCUCCGUCAACGACCGGCCCUGCUUCACUCGCACCACUAGCAGGUUUAAACUGACCCAGAUAGCUGUAGACACUGCAGCCGGGCCCUACAAGAACUACACUGUUCUGUUCCUGGGCUCUGAGGAUGGCAGGGUGCUGAAAGUACUGGCGAGCACCCAUCCCAAUGCCUCCUUCAAGACCCAGCUCCUGGAGGACAUUGAUGUUUACAACCCCACCAAGUGUGACGCUCGUGGGGAGGACAGGAGGGUUCUGGGGCUGGAGCUGGAUAAGGACCAUCAUGCCCUGUUUGUGGCCUUCUCCAGCUGCGUCAUCCGUGUGCCCCUCAGCCGCUGCGCAGACUACGGCUCCUGUAAGAAGACCUGUCUGUCCUCGCGUGAUCCCUACUGCAUCUGGCUAAAAAGCGGAAGCUGUACCACCAUGACACCUGGAUUGAAGGCUGGGCUCGAACAGGAUGUAGAGAAUGACUACACACAGUAUCCAGACGGCUGCCAUGACAUCCUGGCUACCACUCGCAAGCAAAACACUGCUGCUGAUUCUGCUUAUGGAAAGACCACACCCACAAGCGCCAGCACAACCAAACAGGGGGCGGCUUUCCCAAAGCUGACAGGUGGCUCAGAAAAAGGUACUGGUCCAGAUGACCGCCCUCCUCUGGGGAAACAGGGGUCACCUGACUUGGAGGCGAUCAGUGUGGAGACAGAGGGUGUUCGACGGCCUCCUGAAGUAGAGAAGUCCAACCACAGUGUCCACUACACCCUCCUGAUUGCCUGUGUACUGGUUGCCUUUGUAUUGGGUGCAUUUCUGUCUGGGUUUCUGGUCUCCUGUUAUUGUAACCACAAUGUUCAUAAGACCAGGCGUCUUGGCAAGGAUCCUGAGGCACCCAUCCCCCAUGCGCUAUCCCUGCGCAGCCUGGCCAAGCUCAAUGGCCUUCUGGACAGCCAGAAUAAGGAUGAGAAAUUAGAGGUGUCCUCACCAAAGCUGUACAACUCUUUCAUCCCAAGCAAGAAGGACCACCCUGUCAGCAGGAAUAGCCGGUUUGGAGCUGGGGGGGAACUGCUCCACCCCCACCAUCAUCAUCACCUCCAUCACCACCACCACCACAAUGCUGAGCUGUCAGGCUUGCCCACCCCUGACUCUACCCCUGAGCUUCCAAUCAAGAGCAUGAAGGCCUUCAAGAACCAAUGGGAAAAGAACCAGAAUUGCAAUAAUGCAAAGGAUGGUAAGCCUCAUAUGAGCAGCUCUCGGCCCAGCUCUGGGAUCCCUCAACAGGUUUUCCCAUUCAGCCAUGGGCUAGUCAAUGGACAGGCCCUAGGGGGUGCUCUCCACCUGGAGGAGAGAAAGAUCCCCAAUGUUGAACGGAUGAUGAUCCACCCCUACCCCUGCUACUCACAGAAGGCGAUGGACAUCACGCCACUGGAUGAGCUCCUCAAGCAUGUUCAUGAAGUCAGUGCCAUAGGGGGAAAGAACAUAACUGUACUGACCUCCGCAGUUCCAGCCCCCGGGAGCCAGAUGGUUUUCACCAAUCGUGUUCAGCCACAGAUUCCAGAAACAGAGUCUGCCUCUUACUAUAGCUCGUCCACGCUGCCCAGGGACAGCCUGACCCGUCGCAUGGAUGUCCCUCCGGAAAUGCCCCCUCCACAAUCCACCCUUGAGAGAAUAUCCCGCCACUCAUCCCAGAGGAACUCCUUAAUCUCUGCAUCCAAGAUGUCGAACGGAGGGGUCGUGCCACGUCAACACAGCUUUAGUCACCGGAGCGGGCACCAGCCACCACCCCUGCUGGCCCGGAUGAACUCUACGGGCAGCACCUGUGAGAUCCACCAUCCUCUUAUCCCCAACAGCUACCUGAUGCGGCAGCAUAGCUACGAGCAGCCCGAAAUGCACAGGGACGCCAUUGUUCGCCGGACCUCCUCCCUCAAGCCAGACGUUCCGCCCAAGCCACUUUUCAUCCCUGCCACCUCCCCUGUCAACCCACAUGGAAAGUUCAACUACUGAGGGGAAGAGAGGCAAUCCCUCCCUCCCCAAAAGCCACCCAGAAAUUUCAUAAAGGGUGAAAGGGGCAAGACCUAAAUAUAAACUGGCAAGUGUGCUUUGCAGUCGAAAUAACCAAUAUCACACCUGUACUGAUUUUGUUUUGUCCACGUCCGAUGAAUGUCUUUGUACCAUAUUGGUAUUUUUUAACAACUUACUUAUGGAAAGGUGAUGGAAUGGGGAGAUGGAGAAAAACAGACCCAUGAGACUACAUACAUUUGGCUACCAACAGAUUCAUUAUCAAGGUACUACAAACCUUCCCAGAUUACUAAUGAAGCUUAAAAGCUUUGAUUUGGUGAAACACUGGGCUUGAGCUUGAUAAUUAUCACUGUUAUAUGUGCUGAAAGCUAUGUGUUGAUCUGAAGCAGUUGAGCAAUGCUGAUCCCUCUUAUAAUGUGUAUAUACAUUAUGCAUGUGUGUGUAUAUAUGUGUGUUUAUAUCUACACAGUAUAUGGAUACAUGCAUAUACACAGUCUGUGUAACCGAUGGAACAGCUUGAUGAACUCCUUGGAGGCAGCUCUUUCUUUGCCUUAUUUACUCAACAGACUUACACUUGUGGAAUCGUCUAGCUGUCUUACUGACUUCUGUUACCUCCAUAAGAGUUAUGUGAAUGUGUCUGAGCAAUAACCAGCCAGUGGCAUCACACUAUGUCAAAUAUGUUCAAGAGUGAUCUGUCCUGGGCUGGGGAGGAGAGAGAUGGUGGCUCCAUUUUCAUGAAGCUGACACAAUGGUGAUUUUUCCCAUGCCAAGCUUUUGCUCCAAAACCCUUGAAUGAGAGACUGUCAGUCUGUGUGGGACAAAUGAGGUCAAGGACAAGUAAGUUGACCAAAAUUUACAAUAUUAUUUUUUGCCUUUGCAAAAGGGAGCUCUUCACUGUACUGCUGUGGCACUGGCACUACAAGUAUUAAACCGGAACUGCUUUUCUGUGAAGACAAAACAUGUCCCACCACCAUACGUUUGGGCAGGAGAGUACUUUGAGAAGUUGGUGCUAUUACUUCAUAAACGCAGCAGAAGGGUUGUUUCUACUCUAUUCAAAAUGAAAGUGCAUACCUCGAAAAGAAGGCUUCCUAAAUAGUUCGCCACCAAACCAAACCAGAUUUUCAUGAUGGAUUUUAAACAACUUGAGACUUACUUCCCCCGUAUUGUCAUAUCAGGUUUAAAAGCAGAUUACACCCGCUUAAGAACAAAUCCUUAAUUUUAAUGUAGUAAAGACUGCUAUGAUUAUAAUUACUAUUAACUUUGUGGCUAUUGGUGUAAAUAAAGGAAUAAUAACUAGCCAAAUUUUAAUUGUAUGUGUAAAUGUGUGCCUUAUUUAAUAUGUGCUAUGGGGGUAUAUUGGGAAAAAGUAAAGACGCUAUUGUGUUUUAUUUUUGUUUUUUAACUUUGUUGUCAAGGUGUGUCAUAGCCAUGUGGAUUUGUAUUUUUAUCCUUACCCCUUUUGAUAUCCUCAAACCACAGGACAGUGUAAUUAUGUGUGAGGCUGUUAUGAUCGGCAUUGCAACUGCCAGCUAGAGGCCGCAGAUUUAUUGUUGUUCCUAUUUAUGUUGGUUAUUUGUUGGGAUUCUUGUUUUUCAGCUUCUGCUGUUCAUUCAUAUUAUCAAUAGCAUGCCAGGAGGUAUAGUCCACAGAUUAAAGAGUGAACAGCCCCUCCCUGCCUGUCCCCACAUUAAAUUGUCAUCCCUAAAAUCCCCUUGCAGGUGUUUUGGAAGACAUCUCUCAUUUCACACUUGCACUCCCAAUUUCGACGUAGGAAAUGGGGAAAUGUAAUCUUUUCCCGAUUUAAUUCCAUGGUCAUUGCAGGAAUCAGUGAAACUCUGAAAUGAACUUGUCUAGCUGCUGAGCGAACACAAGGUGUAGGCGUUGCAUCAGUACUGUAAGUGCAGUGUUAUAGCAUCCGUUUCUCCUCUUCAGCGAUUCAGGUACUUAUAUACAGGGAGAUGGCACUAGCCGGCUCAGCCUUGUGGAUAUCAUUGUUUGUUAUUGCAUUUUCUGCUUUCUAACACUCCGAUCAGGCCUUUUAGGCCUGAGUUACUGCUUUCAUGUUUAAUACUGAGCCAAACAGUUGCUUUACAUGAAAACUUUGUUUUACAUGCCUGGAUCACAGAAGAAUUUCUAUGGAGAGGUGUGCAAUCUACACUUGAAUUUGCCUCUGAUUGUCAGCCAAGUAAGUGUUAGGAAAAAGUCAACAACUCCUGUUUUGUGUUUUUAUGUACAUCCACAGCCCCAGCAUGAAAAUUGAAAUUUUCCAAAAUUUUAUGCAAUACAAGCAGUACAGUUCAUGUGUGCGUGUAUCAUGACAGAGUCAACAGUAUAUUUAAAUUUAAGGAGGAACAUUUUAAUUUACUCAAUCUUUACUAUCACAGAAGACAAAAUGGGCAGCCAACUUGAUGUGAGUUCAAGUGUAGCUUUGUUUCAUUUCUCAUAGAUUACAUGGGAAAGGGAAUAUAGUCUGUGUCUGCUGUAGCCACUAUAGCUUUUGAAAUACUUAGAAUUGCACAGUGUAAAUAAAGAAAAUCUCCCAUCUGGGGUUUUCAAUUUAAAAUUCCUUUUUUAAUUAUUAUUAAGUGGGCUAUGCCUCUGGAGACAUUUUAAAUCAAGUCUCAUUCAAUACUGUUGUUUGUCCUUUAUGAUUAAAAAUGGAAAUAAAAUGACCUUACAAAUA